CUUCUGUAGGCAUAAUUAAUACAUAAAAUGCAGAGAGGUGAUGAAAGUCAGAGAAACAUACAUGCUCUUUUACAGCAGCGACGUUUACGUCACAUUACCGGAGUUUACAUUCGUAACUUAAGGAUACCACAAUAUGAUUCUGUUAUUAGUUCGGAUAAUGCUACUACAGGAAUAACUGAAGCUCAAUCUGUUCCAAAAAUUUUUAUCAAAAUUUUUGCGAAUUUAGAUAAAAAUACAGAUUUGAAUCAGCACCAAGUAAUAUUCGAAAGUGAACUUAUUGAUUUAUGCAGUAACCCACAAUGGAUUAAUUUUGAUAUACCGAAAACAGAGUUAUCAACUGGAAAUCAAUUUACUCUUCAGUUAUGGCAGAGAAAUUUGAAUACUGGAGAAUCGGAUACUUUGCUUUCAUGGAAUUGGAAUUUGUCUAGGUUAUCAUAUAUAGCUGAAUAUUUACAUCGCGCAGAAAUUGUGUUUUCACCGAAUGCUUUAAUCAUCCAAAUUAGUGGCAGUUUUUAUUCUCUUUCCCAAUGUUUUUCAACUGAUAGUCCAUAUGGAAACUGCCCACGUUUUAAUUUGGAUGAAGAAAAAGGCUCAUGUAACGUGUUUUCAUUGACAAGAAUGGUUACGUGUCAUAAAUCAAUUACUCAGGCAAAGCAGCGUACGACGAAUUAUGCAGAAACCUCACGUUUAUUGAUGCAAAACACAGAAAUACAUCGAAUAAAAUUGAAGCAAAUAGAAGAUGCACGAAAGCGUAUAAAACGUUUGAAACUCCUUUUAUAUCGAGAAUCAUCGAUGUUAAAAACAGAGCAAAGUGAACUGCAUGCUCUUCAAUAUACAUAUACUAAUAAAGAUUCUCAUCUUAGUGGAAAUCGAACUAUUGUAGUAGAUGAACGAGAUCGUUUCAAUGAAGCUUCUGAUAAAAUUAUUGUUUUGCGUCAAAGAACUGGUCUUUUGAGUGGUAAGCUGCGAUCUCGGCAUAUGGAUGUACUAUCUGAGCUUGCCUAUAUUUUCCCUAUUCUUCCUUAUACAGUACCGAGUACCGGAAAAAAUUCUACGUCUGGUAAGGGCCAGAAUCAAGUAACCAAACAAGUUCCAGCCUUUACCAUAUGUGAUAUUCAUUUAGCUGAAGCGGAAAGUCUCAUACCUAAAGAUGAUACUAAAAACGCUGUUGCUAUGGGCUAUGUUAGCCAAAUGUUAUAUAUGAUUUCAUACUUUUUAUUAAUACCUGUGAGAUAUCCUAUGAUUUUACAAGGAUCUCAAACUUCAAUUAUUGAUAAUGUCUUAGAAAAGAUUCAAGAAAAAGAGAGAGUUUUUCCUUUAUAUUCAAGAAGCAGCAAAGAAAGGUUUUUAUUUGACUAUGCGAUAUAUUUAUUAAAUAAGAACAUUGGCCAAAUGAGAUAUAUUCUUGGAAUACAAACAUCUGAUUUACGUCCAACUUUAUUUAAUCUUAAAACUCUUUUAGAGCAUGCGUUCGGGGCUCAAAAUCAAAGUAAACCUAUUAUGAUCAGAUCUCCUCGUUAUGAUGCACCUCAAAUACCACCAACUUCAACCCCUCCACAACCUCAAAGAAAAGGUACUAAUAGAGAAUCAGAGAUGAACGGUAUUCGCAAAACACCUAUCAAUUUAGAAGAAAAGGUUCAUGAUAGAAGUGCAGAAUUGAAUAAUUUACGGGGAGAACUGUUUGGAAAUAAAAAAAAUGCUAAAUCAGUUUCUAUAUCUCCGAGACGCAUUCAAUCUAACUCUAUCAAAAAAAACAAUGCAAGCGUUCCCGUAACACAUCUCACAGUUCCGAAUGACACCGAUAAACCUCUGAAAAGUAUUAUUGAUGAAGAUGUAGGCGUCAUUGUGCCAGAAACUGGAGAUACAAAUGCAAUCUUUCUUACUGGUCUUGAAGAUUUAGACCAGGGUCCUAAAAAUGUUGCAAAAUCAAAGAAACCUAUUGAUGUUGUUGCUGCACGAAAUGAACUUUUCAAAACGAAAAGUGGUCGUCCAAUUAUUACAAAAAGACAUACCUAUACGAUGAGAGCGACUUCGUCAUCAUCACCUCGAUCAGAAACUUAUUUUUCAACCAAAGAAGAAUUAUUUAAAAGAAGUAGUGUCACUAAAAGAACUAAUGAAGGAUUAGAUGCUUUUAAUAAUACAACAUCUUAUGAUUCUUUAUCAGAAAGCACAUCUAAUAUUGAAAAUAACAAUCUUAAAAUUCCGCCAUCUGCUUCUGUUCCAAUUACAGAUGAUUUUGAUUUGUGCUAAUGUUCGAAUAAAUCUGUGGCUAUUUGAAAUUUCUGAAAAAGAAAAAUAUUCAUUUCAACAUUGUUUAUUUUUCCAACUCUGCAUAAAAAAUUGAUAACUUUGGCAAAUUCACUUGUAACAUUUAAUUUGAUCUUUGUUAACAAGUUGUUUUUAAUAUCAAAAUAAGUUUUAAUUUGAUUUGAUUCCCAAUUUUCAAUAAAUCUCUCAAUCAAUAUAUAGUUCAAUCAAUAAAUUUUAUCCUCAACAGGUUCGAAUUAGAUUUAUUAGAUUCCGACAUGAAAAUUAAAGCUACCGGUAAAUUAAAGUCAAUGUUUUCAUUCAUAGUUUUUCAUAAAAACUACAAGAAUAUUUCGAUUUUCUGUUUCAAAUUCCUGUCUACAAAGGAGGAUGUUGUAUUGAUAACAAAAAUCUGUUUGAUAUUUAGCAAACAAUUAAAUAAAAACAUAAUUCUGUUGCAAAAGUGGUUUUUCUCUUAAUAUUAAGUUUUGAAAAACUGAAUAUUCUAAUUCUAUUUCAUUUUGCCUGCAUUUAUCGUUUAGUAUUUAUAAAAUUAUUAUA